UGCAUCUUGUACAUGGCACAGAACAUAAAAAGCACAUGAGGAAGAACACAGCGGUGUUUUUAACAUUUAUUGGUGGCAGAGGGCGAAUAUAGUUUUUCAAACAACAACAUCUUUUUUUUUUCUGUAGGCAGUGGUUGUGAGAACUGUCUCUAAACGUCUACGUACUGCCAGGAACGUCGUGACAGGACAUUUUAGUUUAACUUUUUAGCAUUAGAUAUGCUGCUGCUCGGUUCAGGUAGACUUUUAAUAUUAACACGUUUUAAACACAAUCGAACGAAUAUAAUAAUGUCAACAGAGGUGUACAAUACGAGAGAGCCGCGUUCACAUUGCACUGUCCGCGAGAGCGAAUCAAUUUCGAAUUCUCAUAAUAAAAACACAACCGAGUCACCUGACACGAGCGCGCUCUCAGAUGAAGACAGAUUAAUUCAUGAGCUCCAUAUGGACGCGUGCAAGAAUCAGAAAAGAACAUACAUUGACCCUCUAACCGGCUACAAUGUGUUCACCGAGUUUGCACAUAGAAAAAGAGGAAAAUGCUGCGGGAGUGCCUGUAGACAUUGUCCGUACGGGCAAAUUAAUGUGGAGGAUCCUGCUAAGAAGAAAACUUUCAACUCUUUGUUUUAUGUAUAGCAGUAAAUGUUAAGAUCGGCUGAACAACUCAUUUUGUGUGCUCCCAUAUUGAAUUUGGACUUCUUUUAAUGCACAUUCGUCUUACACUCUGUUUAAAAUGAUGAAAUACGCUACACCAGAUGUGCAACCCACACUCCAGGAAAUGGUUUGAAUCACAUCUAUCCACUGUGAUUUGACUUACAGGAGUUGGUGUGCUCCUCUGUCAGAUGAAUUCCACAAGCGGGAAUUUUCGCAGUGAUGAAUAUUCAUACGGUUACAGGCGAUCUUAAUUUUGACAGCUGUCAAUUCAGACUACGUGCUUCCUCCCUGGUACAUGUACGACCAAGAAAACGCCAUGGAAAAUGAAGUCUUCUCAUAAAUGUGUGUUGACGUUAAAUACAUAGGCUUAGAAGGCUUCAUUUCUGUUUAAAAAAAUGUGUGUAAUAACAACAUUUAUGAGUUCACUGAAGAAUGUAUUAUUAUUUUAUGCAACUUACACUAAUUAAAAAAUACCUUUCUAAAAGUUCUCCUUGAAUUGUUCC